UUCGCAUUUUCCUGUGUAAGAAAAGGUUGCUGCUUGUGUUACAUGCGGUAAAAUACCGAGGUGUGUCAGGGCACAUCUGUGGAUGACCAGGCUUCUGCUCAACAACUGGACAACUAAAGCCGAGUUCUUCUCACACGACAGGGAGAAGUGUUGAAGGGACAGACUGAACUCCACAGCAGUCAACUGUACUGAAACUCUUUCAAUGGAUAUCUGGCUUUGAAAUGAUGAAUCUCCCUGAAAAACCUCUCCUGCGAAUGACCAUCCAGAACAGCCCGGUGAUCCCGGCCCGGGACUGCUCUCGGGCAGGGAGCUCGGGGAACACUCUGAGAUGGGACUUAUCUCCGGAGGAAAUCCGCGCCAUGGCGGACAGUUUGAUGAACAGAGUGAAGAAAGUUUAUGACCAGGUGGCAUCUAUUAAUGUCGCGAGUGUGUCGGUGGCCAACACGCUGAUGGUCCUCGCAGACAUAAGGAUGAAAUAUGCUGCGUCUCGCCACAUGCUCGACUUCCCCCAGUACGUGAGUCCGUCCCGGGAGGUUCGGGCCGCGAGCACGGAUGCUGACAAGAAGCUUUCUGAGUUUGAUGUGGAGCUGAGCAUGAGGGAGGACGUCUUCCAGAGGAUCACUGCUCUACAGAGAAGCCUGCCGCAGGAGGUUUCCCCUGAAGAGAAGAGACUGCUGGACAGGCUGGUGACUCUGGGGAAGAGAAAUGGCCUGCACCUGUCUCACGGCGUUCAGGAGGAAAUCAAACGGACGUCCAAGCUGAUCAGCGAACUCUCCAUCGAGUUCAACAAGAACAUCAACGAGGACAACACCGUGCUGCACUUCACACUCCACGAGCUAGACGGGCUGGCUGACAGCUACCUGAAUGGCCUGGAGCGGAGCAGCGACGGGCGCUACAGAGUCACGCUGCAGUAUCCGCACUACUACCCGCUGAUGAAGAGAUGUCACAAUCCCGACACCCGCAGGAAAAUGGAGACGGCCUUCCACAGCAGGUGUAAAGAGGUCAACACAUCCAUUCUGGAGCGCUUGAUACAGCUGAGGUCAAAGGUCGCGGGCUUACUCGGUUACAGCAGCCACGCCGACUAUGUGUUGGAGAUGAACAUGGCUGAGAAUGCCAGCAAUGUUUCUCACUUUCUAGAGAGUUUCUAUGAGAGCCUGAAGUCAGUGGGUGCGAAGGAGAGGAAGUACAUCCUGGCUCUGAAGAAGCGCGAGUGCCUCAUGAGGGGCCUGCACUUUGAUGGGCAGAUCAACGCCUGGGACCUGCCGUACUACAUGAACCAGGUGGAGCAGUGCAAGUUCGCUGUCAACAAGGACAAACUCAUCGAGUACUUCCCGCUGGACGUGGUGACGGAGGGGCUGCUGGGGAUCUACCAGGAGCUGCUGGGUCUCACCUUCACCCAGGUGCAGGACCCUCACGUGUGGCACCAAGAUGUCAAGCUCUUCCGCACUUGUGACUCGGAGACGGGGGAGGAGGUGGGAGAGUUCUACCUGGACCUGCACCCCAGAGAAGGCAAAUAUGGUCAUGCAGCGUGCUUUGGCCUCCAGCCCGGCUGCAGGGGUGCCGAUGGGGAACGCAGACUUCCUGUUGCUGCCAUGGUCGCAAACUUCACCAAACCCAGGAAAGGCUCGCCGUCUCUACUGCAGCACCACGAGGUGGAGACGUACUUCCACGAGUUUGGUCACGUGAUGCACGAGCUGUGCUCCAAGACCAGCUUCUCUGACUUCAGCGGGACGCAGGUAGAGACCGACUUCGUGGAGGUCCCGUCCCAGAUGCUGGAGAACUGGGUCUGGCAGAGGGAGCCGCUGAAGAGGAUGUCCCGACACUAUAGAGAUGGAAGUGCCAUCCCAGAUGGUCUGCUGGACAAGCUCAUGGCGUCCAGGGUGGCCAACACCGGUCUGAUGAACCUGCGGCAGGUGGUGCUCAGUAAAGUCGACCAGACGUUGCACACCAGCUCCAGCGCCGACUCUGCUCAGGUGUUUGCCGAACACUGUCAGGAGAUCCUGGGUGUCCCUGCCACCGAAGGCACCAACAUGACGGCCAGCUUCAGCCACCUGGCGGGAGGUUACGAUGGGCAGUACUACAGCUACCUCUGGAGUGAAGUUUACUCUGCCGACAUCUUCCUCAACCGCUUCAAGAAGGAAGGGGUGCUGAACCCACAGGUGGGCAGAGAGUACAGGAGAGUGAUCCUGGAGUCCGGAGGCUCCAGGGAUGGACUUCACAUGCUGAGGCAGUUCCUUGGUCGAGCGCCGUGCCAGGACGCCUUCUUCCAGUGUAAAGGCCUUGUCAGAAACCCUGAGCUCUGACCUCUGUGGUUCCUGUUCGCCACUGCGAGGUCAUGUGGACCUCUGAUCUGUCAGUCAUGUUUCAGUCUGUUCCAGUGAUGAGACAUGACACUUGAAUUCUUUGGUGCUUUGUAAUGUGACUGUUGAUGAUCCCUGCUGAAUAAAAGAUACGA